AUGUCGGAGGAGGCAGCGCAAAUCGCGAGAGAGGCGAAGGGCCUCCAGCAAGGCCUGAAGGAUUCGCUAAAGUCUAAAGAUCCGUGGGAUAAGGAUGUGGAAUUCCAGCGCAAAAAUCUUCGACGGCAGUACCUACGCCUACUCUUCGUCUACCCUUAUGCUGCUGAAUCGCGCGAUGUGGACACCCACCUCUGGAUGUCGACGUCCUACCAGUUCAUCUCGAAGUACAAGGAACGCAUAGCCAACCUCGACCGUGCCAUCAACCGACAUCAACAGCAACAGCACCAGCAACAGGGCUCGUCGCGACAGCAGUCGGGACAGCAGCGAGUCGUUGAGCAUCGCAAACUCCUUCAACGCUUUUCUCAGUUCCUUGCCGAAGAACAUCGGUUCUGGAGGCAACUGGUCGUCCGGAUACACCGCGUGUUCAUGCUGGAGGACGCGAGUCGUGCGCUUGACGCUCUCCAUAUCGACACGGAUGACGCCCCUGCUCCCGCUGACGGCGCUGCCCCGAGGCGUAAUCAGCACCUGUUCCCGCAGGAGGCGGAUGUGGCGUCCCCAGAAGCGGCAUCAUCGACGCCCGGCGAGCGACAAACCAUGAUCGCGGUGAUGAGCAAGGCGCUCGUGUGUCUUGGUGACAUCGAGCGGUACAAGGAGCUGUACAACGAGAAGGGCGGUCGGCCGCGCGCAGGGCAUGAGGAGGGACCGUCUGCGGCGCCGGCGAGAGGUGGGAGGGGUCGACGCGGGGGCGGGGCAGCCCCAGCCCCAGUGCCACGUAUGCGCAACUACGAGAAGGCGCAGCAUUGCUACGAGGAGGCAAGGCGGCUGCUCCCGAGCGAUGGCAACCCGUCGCACCAGCUCGCCAUCCUGGCGACCUACCAAAAGGACACGUUUGGCUCGCUCGUCCAGUACUACCGAUCGUUGUGCGUCCGCAACAGGUACGAGCCAGCGUCAGAGAACAUGGACACGACGCUCGCGCGCGCAUGGGAGCAGUGGAAGGCAAAGGAAGUGCGGCGGAGCAGAGAGGCGGAGACGGACGGCGCGGCGGAGACAGGUCCGAUUGCUCCCCGACUGAGAGUUGAGGCGUUGAAGGAAAAAGUGAUUGUUAUGCAUGCAAUGUGGCGAGUCUCGACCGAAGAUACUACACCCUCGCUGGAGGCUCACUCGCGGAAGAUCGUCGAUAGCUUCAACGAGCUAGUCUCUGAACGUAUCCUGCCGCUCGACAUGAUCUGGAAGGUAGUCAUCCUGGCACAGGGCGCUCUCUGGCGGCAUCGCUCCACGCGCCAUCCAACACGAAAUCUCACUCACGGCAACAAGCUGGCGAGCGCCAUAGCGAUCGAAUCACAUAUCGCGACGCACAUCAUUGCCUUGCAUCGCGCCCUGCUCGAGGUCGGCAUCAUGCAGGUGGCCGAGGCCUCGCAGGAGGACGGGGGUAAGCAAGAUCUCGCGCAGUGCAUAACCGCGGUGUUCCGUAGGGCCCUGCCUGCCCUGCGUCUAGCCAGUAAGUGGCUGCGAGCGAACUUCAAGUACAUUCUCGAGCAGUCGCGCACUGACCCUGCCGGCCGUGCUGAGGCCAACGGUUCGGCCGAGGCCUUGGGCAGCGGUGAUCGUCGUAUGGACAAGCGGCAGGAGAGUCGCAGACGCUCCAACAUCCCUAAUGUCACGAUCAGCGGCACGCAGGAGUUCUGGCAUGCGUAUGUAGAAUUCGCGACGGCGCUGCUACGCACGUUCCCCGUGGAGAGUCUGCCUACUCUGUCUGUGCCUUUGGAAGAGGAUGUGGAGACGACAGGGUUCUUGCCUCUCAAGCGCGCGGCCACAGCAGAGGCAGGCUCUACUGGGGCCCAUGUCAGCUCACCUGGCGGCGCUCAAGGGGCGCAUCCCAAUGCCGAGUUUUUGAUGAGGAUACAGGAACUAUUGCUCGACGCUCAAGCACUGGCCCAAGAAGAGAACUCUCCUAUCUUAGUCGUCGAUGAUCACUUCGUCGUAAGAGGUUCCAUCGCGGUAUCUACGGUUCGCCCCGUGAGCAGUGAUCUUCCCAAUGCAUCACGCGUCAUCGGUCCUAUUGGCGAUCCCAGUCAUGCUGUCGGUGGUGUCCUCGACCAGGUAGAACAGGCCGAUCACGAUGACGACGACGAUACUCGCACUGAGAUUACACGCACCGAUGACGAUCCUGUUACUCUGGCGUUCCGCGAGGUGCUCAAGACGGAUAGCGAGGAUGACGAAGAGGAAGACAGAAUUGUGUACCCUAGGACCGACUACCCAGAUGUAGCUGCGGUAAACCCAGCAUUAGGGACGCCGCACAUGUACGCGACGCCCCGCAAUGCUCCUUUAUCGUCUCCGCCCCCAUUGUCUCCAAGACUUCCUCGUCCAAAAAGUCCUCUCGUACCCAUCUCGAGUCCACGCGGUAUGGCGCCCAUUUCCCCCCCUCGUGGUAUGGCGCCCAUCUCUCCCCCUCGUGGUAUUGCACCCAUCUCUCCCCCUCGUCAUGCGCCGAGUAACGGCAAUGCGCUGCCGCCACUAGCUGUCACCAAGUUUCAAGGAACGACUGCCCAGGACCUACUGAUGGGGCUACGUCGAUCCAGCGCGCAUUCACGAACACCGUCUGCUCCCCAGCCCCAACUCUUGUUUGGUUCAGGCAAUGCGACGUCGAUAUGGUCUACUGAGCGUGACAGGAACCCGCUAGGCUAUCGGGACACUCCGGUCACGACUACUACUGCUUUUCCAUCGUAUCCACAGCCGUCCCAGCCAUCGUUGCCGUCCACACUGUCUCCCGACAGGCCCCAGCGUCAGUACGUGGAUAAUCCGGCGCUCCCAUUCCCAGCGCAGCAGCAGCCUUACUCCCCGUUCCGAGGCCACCAGAGGAUCUCUUCGCUCAACCUUGGGUUGUCGCAGGGUCUUCCCAGCCACGGGUCUGGUCCUCAUUAUACAGUCUCUGGAGGCUAUGCGCCAUUAGCGGAAGCCCCAAGUGCUCUGUACCAGACGGGUCUGCCGUCUGCCUACGUAGACCCUACGCUGUCUGCGGCCAACCCCUUGCUUCGCCAUCCUUAUUCGCCCAUGACUCAGGUGUCAUCUUCACAGCGAAUGCUCGACACGAGGGUUGGUCGCCCGCCUCCGGUCCUGCCGCCGUCCUGGAGCGGAGGCUCCCAGAUAUGGUCUAAUCACGGCUGA